CCCGGCGCUGCUUCCCAUCGCCAUUGCUGCCCUCGUCUCUUCCUCCCUCCCUCCUCUGUUCUUCUCACAAUUUUGCUUCUGAAUUUCCUGCCGGUUUCCGGCGUUUUAUUUGUUCCGUGCACUGAGACGUACACGAAGGGCCAGACAAGAGAGAAGAUAGUGAUUGGCGAGCGGUGGGAGAAGGAGGACGAGACGGCUGCGGCGGCCGGAGGCCAUUUUUUGAUGCGUGGCUCCGUCGAGGUCCACGCGAUAGGCAGAGACGUCGCGUCGCCGAGCCCCCUGCGACUCAGAACCCCUCCGGCAUUGGACAUGAUGAGGUACCAAAGGCUCAGCCCGGACUACCUCCCGCUCGGCAACGGCGGCGGCGGCGCCGUUCCCCGGAAGCCGGCGUCGAGAUCCUCCUUCAAGGACGACGACGUCCCGGCCGUGGCCAACGACGGCUCCCGCCUCGCCUCCUACCUCGCGGCCUCCCAGCUCGAGUCCAAGCCGCUGCGCGCCCGCGCGCCGCAGCCGCCGCCUCUGGCGUCGGCCAGCCGGAGCCCAGCGCGGGACCACGCGCACCACCACCCCUCCGACUCCUCCGACACCGCCUCCCCGAGCUCGACCGGCGGCGGCGGCGGCGACGUGUUGCUGCAGUGGGGGCACAACAAGCGGUCGCGCUGCCGGCGUGACUCGGCCACCGCGGCGCCGUCCGCGCAGCGCCGGCAGUCCGGCGCCGGCGCCGGCGGCAAGAUCCAACGGCGCGCUUCAGCGCCGGCGGAGAAGUUCAUGCCGCCGCCGCCCGCCGCCGGGUCAAACACGCGGGGGUCCAACCUGAGGUCGGCCGCCACUUUCCCGUCCCGCGCCCCUGCCGUCGUUGACGCUCGCCACGGCAGCCACCACCCGCCCCACCACCACAGGUCCGUCGAGAAGCGAUCGGGCAGCGGGCAGAAGCGGUCGUCGCCGGACAAGGCGCACCAGUCCGCCAUGGACGCCGUGCUGCACAUGGAGUCCAAGAACCACCACCACCACCAUGAUUCGCCGUUGACCGCCAACGGCGCCGUCGCCGCCGGCGAGAAGCUGGGCGUUGAGCGGUUCGAGCUGCCGCGGAUCUACAUCUCGCUGUCGCGCAAGGAGAAGGAGGACGACUUCGUGGCCAUGAAGGGCACCAAGCUGCCCCAGCGGCCCAAGAAGAGGGCCAAGAACGUGGACAAGACCCUCCAAUAUGUCUUCCCGGGGAUGUGGCUGUCAGAUUUGACGAAAGGCCGGUAUGAGGUGCGGGAGAAGAAAUGCGUGAAGAAGAAGCGAAGAGGCCUGAAAGGGAUGGAGAGCAUGGACAGCGACUCGGAGUGACAGCGAGACACUCAAAUGAGAUGGCAGAAGGGGCAAUAAGAUGGAGAUGCGGCCAUGGGUGAAGAGGAAGAAGAAAGACCACCGGUAGCUGCUAGCCAAACGGGACGGGGGAGAGGGAGGGAGGGAGGGUUUGGUGUUCGCUGUAAAAAAGACGGGGAGAGAAGAGGGAGGAGACGCUGAGGGCAAGAGUGGUCGCCGCCCACUGCCCAGGGAAGCGUUUGAGGACGAUGAUGGAUGUCGUCCCGAGCUGUGCUUUUUAUCCCCGCGGCCGCGAGGCCAUUUUUCUGUGACCUGCGGUUUACCACUGAUCUGAAACUUGGAAUCCGAUUCCACCGAAUUGGUCUUGACGCUGCAUUGAAAACGAACAACAGAUCAAGCUGGACGAGUACAUUUAAAUA